AUGUUCUCCUCGCUUCGACAAGUGUUCUCCCUGUGCAUCUGCAACGAAAGUUCUGCAGAGGCAGGGGUCAGCAGCGAAGAACGCUUCAGAAGCGCGCACAACGACUUCUCUGCCGUCAAUGUCUCGCCGCAGUGCGUGGCCCACAAGGAAGAGCUGGACGAACUCUUCCGAACGAGGCCAUACUUGAAGUCCAAGGACCAUGAGCUAGCCUACUUUGUUGAGGAGCUGUACAAGGCCAUCGCGAAUGGAGACACCGAUGAGGCGCAGAACGGCCUGGACAUCCUGCACAUGAAGCUGGACCUAGAGGAGAAACAGAUUGCAGCUGCUUUCCGAAAGUUCGACCACAGCGGAGACGGCAUUUUGUCCAAGAACGAGGUCGCAUUCAUGCUCGACUAUUUGGGCUUCCCAGAUACACAAGAGGAUGUGGACAAGCUGAUGAGCAUAGUGGACACGAGCGGUGAUGGAUCAAUCCAGUUUGCAGAAUUCCUGAACUAUGUCGGGAAAGUUGGUGGCACGGGCAAGCUCUUUGAGAUCCGACGGCAGCAAAUCCAGGAGCGAGCUGACUUCAAAGGAUCCGUUACGGAUCCUGACAGUCUUCGAAAAACACUCCAGGAGUGCGGGAUCAGUCCUGAAGCGCAGGCCCACUGGAGGCUAACAGCCAGUGAGUCAGAGUUGGACAGCGCGGGGCAGCUGCGGCCAUGUCAACAGGCAGCCAUUCGUCACAUUCGCAACCUUGCCCAAGAGAACCACGAGCGAGCAUUGCCGGAGUUGCACCGCAGAGUGCAAAAGCUGGGCUACACUGAUACAGAUCUCCACAUGGCCCUGUCUUGGGUCAGGGAACUGGCGCCGCUGAUUGUGCACUUGAACUUAGACAAGGUUGGCCAGUUCUUCGUCAAGGACACUCACUACCGCAACCAGUUCGAGACCAACACGUCCGGCGGGUUGUUGAAAACCUCCGCUCGUGAAAAGUGGGAGCGUGGUCUUUUCGGCACAGCGUAUGAUGGUGCCAAGCCCAUUGAAAGACCCAAAUAUGGGGUGCAGAACAUCUGGAACGAUCCUAGAGGUGUGGUCGGUGCACGCCAGUAUGGCGACUCCUACAUUGUUUUGAAGGACGUCCGCUUGAGAUGCACUCUUUCUCCGCAAGACUCUGCGAACCUGCCAGCACGAAGGCUCGCAGUUCUCGACUACUAUGCACAUGUGUUGCUGGAGUAUAGUGACAAGGAGCUGAUGGAAACAAUUCGCGUUGCGGAGAAGGGCGAUGAGAAAGUCGGUGACUCAGAGAAAGUCGUCGAGAAGUGGGGAAUGUACAAGGAAGCUCAGCUUCACGGUGAGAUCGAUCUGCGAAAGCACGUGGAUCGCCUUGUGGCAAACGAGCGUCACAAGAAGAAUGCUGCCUGGGUGGAGUCGAUUUGCAAGAAGAAUGGCUGGAAGCUGACAUGGAUGGAUGAAAUGCGCACCCAGCUUGAGGGCAGACAGGGUGGCGUCGAGCUGGACGUUCAGCAGUGGGAAGCCAAGCUCCAGAAGCUCAAGUUGGGGCGUGCUGGUGACCCUUUGACCUCCUUUGACAUCCUUCGGGUUUAG